CCGUGCGAUUUGUCAACAGUUCUUCAAGAUGGCUGCGCUGGCGGUGUUGAGAGGAGCGCUCCUCGUCGGGUUCUCGGUGUUUCUGACGCUCGUGCUGGGUUUCGGCCUGCCGUCCGUGCUCAACCUCUUCGCGCGAUCCUGCGGCUUUCCGGAGGCGAGCGUCACUGAGUGCAUCGUGCUCGUGUACGCGCUGUUCGUUCUGUAUGUAGCCGUACCGCGACUGCCCAGAGGAACUGUAAAGGUUGACGGGAAGGCUGUGCUCAUUACUGGCUGUGACAGUGGAUUUGGACAUGCGUUGGCUAAGCACUUGCAUAAGCUUGGCUUUACUGUGUUUGCCGGUUGUCUUUCAAAGGAUGGAGAAGGUGCAAAAGUUCUGGAAAAUCUUCAUUCGGAAAAGUUAAAGGUUGUACAGCUGGAUGUUUGCAAUGAGGAGCAGGUGUCCCAGGCCGUUGAGUUUGUGAAAGCCAACCUGGAAGACCCAGAGAAAGGAUUGUGGGCUAUUGUGAACAAUGCUGGGAUCUCAACCUUUGGUGAGGUGGAGUUCACAACCAUGGAGACAUACAAGCAGGUUGCAGAGGUUAAUCUAUGGGGAAUGAUCAGCGUAACCAAAGCCUUUCUGCCUUUUAUACGCAGGGCUAAAGGACGUGUGGUGAAUCUGGCCAGCAUGUACGGCAGAAUGGGAAACGCUCUCCGAUCCCCUUACUGUGUUUCCAAAUAUGGCGUGGAGGCUUUUUCUGACUGUCUCAGGUAUGAAAUGAAGACCUGGGGUGUCAAAGUGUCCGUCAUUGAACCGGGAAACUUUAUCGUGGCAACGGGCAUCCUUACACGCGAUAUAGUAACGUCAACGGCAGAGAAGCUAUGGAAGGAGGCGCCCCCCGGUGUUCAGGAGGAUUAUGGGAAGGCUCACUUUGACCAGCACAUGGCUCUCAUGCGUUCCUACUGCAACAGCGGCCAGCGAGAAAUAGAGCCGGUAUUAGAUGACAUCACAGAUGCAAUCACAUCGAAGCGGCCGUAUACGCGCUACAAUCCUAUGGAACCGCACUGGUGGAUCCGCGUGCAAGUAAUGACCCAUCUUGCAGGAGCCAUUUCAGACUUACUCUACUUUUAAUAUCCGCUCUCAUCACAUCAAUAUUAUAUGCCUUACAUUUAAUUAAACUAAAUCAGUAUUCAGUUUUGAUUUAGGUUUAAGAAGAAUCACACAGAGCUUAAAGAAAUAUUCUGGGUUUGCUACAACAGCAUUUGUGGCUUGCUGUCAAUCACCACACUGUACAAAUUGAUUCCUUGUAGCACUUGAAUGUUUAAGAUUAAACUUGAAUUAAUAAUUGAUUUCAACUUUUUGACUAGUUAGAAGUUGCUAUAACUUAAGCCCAUUCAACUUUAUUUUUUUAAUUUAUACCAACUCCUCACUAGUCAAGAAAGUUGAAAAGUUGUUUAAACUUAAAGGGGCGGUUUCCCAGACAGGGAUUAGACUAGUCCUAGACUAAAAUAAAUUUAAGAGGUUUCUAAACUGAAAACAACUUGCACUGAUAUAUCUUAAAAUACAUCAGUGCCCUUUGUUUGCCUAAAAAUGCACACAAGUAAUGUUUUUAGUAAGGCAUGUUUGUUAAAACUAGUUAUAUUUCCUAAUUAAACUAAGGCCUAGUCCUGGCUUAAGAUAAUCUCUGUUCGGGAAACCACCCCAAAAUGUUAAGUGUAACAAGGAUUUUUUUUACAGUGCACUGAUAAAAUUACUAAAAUGCACUCAGUCAGACUGAAUAUGAAGUUUGUAUUAUUUGUAUUUUUGAAAAAAAUAUGAAGUUGUAUUUUUGAGCAUUUGCAUUCUUUUGUAAAAGUAAACUCUAGUAAGCGGCAAACUGUAAAAUUUUGUUUUGUUUUUAUUUAGAUUUGUACAUGCAAUGUCUUAUGUGUCUAUGGAUGGCUGCGCAACAAAUUUACUUGGGUACUAAUAAAAUACCUACCUACACUGCAAAAAAAUAUCUUAGUAUUUUUGUGUUGUUUUCAGUAAAAAUAUCAAAAAAUUCUUAAAUUAAGAUGCUUUUUCUUGAUGAGCAAAAUGACUCAAGAAGAAGUCUAGUUUUUAGACCAAAAAUAUCAAAUUUAAGUGAUUUUGUGCAUAAACCAAGCAAAAAAUAUGCCAAUGGAGUAAGCAAAUUUUUCUUGAAUUUAGUGUUUAAGAAAAAUGUUCAAGAUUUUUUUACUUACCCCAUUGGCAGAUUUUUUGCUUGUUUUAUGCACAAAAUCACUUAAAUUUGAUAUUUUGGUCUAAAAACUAGCCGAAAAAGCAUCUUAAUAUAAGAAUUUUUAGAUAUUUUACUGAAAACAAGACAAAAAUACUAAGAUUUUUUUAGUGUACCUAUGCACCGUAAAAAAAAAAUGCAGCAUGAAGUUAAAAAAACUUGGUUUUGCAAGUCAAUUCAGAUUUGGCUUGUGUUAAGUUGACAUAUCUUAUAAAAUCAAAUUGAAGUUGUUUAACUUUUUAAUUUGUAUAAAAUUUUAGUUAAGUUAAAGUAACAUCAAAAAAUAUGUUUAAGUCUAGGUUUUAGACAAAAAAACUAUCAAAUUUGUUCAUAAAACAAACAAAAAAAUUAAAUUUUUUAAGUUAAAGUAACAUAAAAAAAAUAUUUGACAAAAAUGCUGCCUAUUUUUUUACAGUGUACCUACCUACAUUUUUUUGUUAAUUUUCACAAAGAUCAAAAUAAUCCCGUGUUGUACUGGACAGCAGGCCACAUGUCUUAACCUUAAAAACUGCUGGGUUAUUCUUCAACCCAGCGUUGGGUUGUAACUUAACUUAUGCUGUGUUGUGUUAACCCAUUGUUAUUGUCCUGGUUUAUUUAACCCAACAACUAAAUUCGUCCCUUAUUGACCCAACGCUGGUUUGAAAAUAACCUUGCUUUUUUUAAGAGUAAGAUUAAGCUGUAUUUACCAGAAUAUUUCAAACGUUUGCACUUUGAUUCAAUUUUUAUUUAUCAUAUUUUAGGUCAAUUAAUAGUUAAACGUUUUGGCAAUUUCAGAGUAUUUACAAAGUAUUUUAUUUUGAUGUAAUCAUGCGGAUAUUCCCAUUAAGAUAUGUGAAUAACCAGCGGACUAAAGCCAGAAAUAGUGAAAAGCACAGUUAGAAGACAGCCUUCGUUGACAUUAAAAUCCUCAGUGGUUCAGUAUGAACUGGAAAGACCAAUGAGAAAAAGAGGACGCCUGUGGUUCCUUCAUUGCUUUAUGAUGAGAAAUUCAAGUGAUUGAGAUUUUGACAGGGUGAGCAUACUUUCCCUUAUGCAUUUCAUACAUCUUUUCCAGAAGAAUCUGGCAUAUUUUAACAUAUUAUUAGAAGGAAACAUGCAUGCAAAGGCUGCAUCCCAAUUCACAUACUUUUAAUAUGCCUAAAAUGUAUGUAUAUUUUUGGUCAUGCUACAUAACAAGACGCCGCAGUUCUGAUAUUAUGAAGAAGAGAAAGUACAUUUUGUAUCUUCUUCGAGUUUGUAGGGAAGCAUUAGCAUCUAGCAAACAUGCACCUCAAAACCUUUUCAAUAUUGGGAUAUAUGGGAUGCUCCACUUCUAAUUUAAUUUAGUGUGAAUAAUAUGAAAAUUGGGAUGCAGCCAAAUAAACGAAUGAAGAGAGUGCAUGUUGUUUAUAGGAGUAUCCUCUUAUGUUGGCCAGUAGAGGGAGCAGUUGAUCUAUAGGACCUGUAGCAGUUACUCUCUUAAAGGGACAGUUCACCCAAAAAUGAAACUUGUGUCAUCAUUUACUCUCCCUUGUGUUGUUACAAACCUAUAUUAAUUUCUUUGUUCUGAUAAACAUGAGAGAAGAUAUUUUGAGGAAUAUUUUAGUUACAGACAUCCUCCGUGUUCAUCAGAACAAAUACAUUUAUACAGGUUUGUAACAACAUGAGAGUGAGUAAACGAUGACAAUAUUUUCAAGUGUUAUGGACCAGAUAUAUAAUAGUAUUAUCAAACUAUAAAUAGAUUACCAUCAGUGUUUGCAUGGCUUUCUUGCUUGAUAUCCUCUCGAUGUGAACUGCAUGACAUUUUGUAAGACUAAAGAAACCCUUUAGCACUCAAAUUUGUUCAUGUUUUGUUUUCGUCAUUUCGGGGAUGUCCCCUGGCUUCAGUUGAGAAAUCUUGGGUAGUAUGUUCUGUAUUAAGGGAACAAUAUAGACACGCGUCAUUGUUUUGUCGUAAUGAUCACAUGGCAUACAUACGUUCCCUCUCAGGUCCUUUCUUUUCUUAAAUCACAGACAAGUUUGAACGUUUUGAAUUGUUUUUGAAAAUCUGAAGUAAUUAAUGUGAAGUUCAUUUCAGAUUUGACAUUUCCACAUUGUACUGUGAAUUAAAGACUUUCAGUGUAAUCUAUGGAAAUGCAGAACAAACUGGCAGUGCCAUAACGCGUGGCAUGAAAAAGAUGUGAUUUUGUAUGAAAAAUAUCAACUACAACUACAGUUUUAUUUUUUAAUAAAUGCUUGCUUAUACGUAGGAUGUCCAGAAUAAAACAUUCAAAAAACA